AGCGGAAGGGGCGGAGCGGCCGUUGCCACAGAAGCCACUAGCCGGUUACUAGCUCCUCUUUAUGUGCUGCUACGCCUUCGUGGGCACUCUUCCUUUGUUAGCUGUUCUAAGACAUUUGCUUCUCACCUGGCGUCCCUUGCUGUUUUCCUACCCUUCCUCCUAACUCUACAGGCCCCUCUAUUUCGCUCCCUCCUAAUUGACCCAGGGCUGGAGAGCACAGGCAGGUACGCUGGCCGGGGUGCCCGUUACUAUCGCCGAACGCCAGCCGCGGAGCCUCCCUCAGGCGCCUUGCACCCUGCCGAGGAAGGACGGCUCAGUGACGCGCUGACGUCAUGGCGACGUGCUGACGCAACAGGGAGUCGGGCUUUCAGCUUAUGUGGAGUUGUUGAAGUCACCUAUAAAGCCAUUGACGGAAUUUAUGGAGAAGCCUACAAAUCAUGGCAGUCAAUCAGAAGAACUCUUUGCCCAUCUUAAAAGUACACCAGAGAAAGAACGUUUACCACAGGUUGCCAGUGAAAGUCAACUCAGCUGCCUGAAGCAGGACAUCCUAAAUGAUAAAAAGACUGAAUUGGAGACAACACUUAAGGAAGCUGAGCUGGCAACCUGUUCUUUAGAAGCACUUUUACCAUUAUUUAAGAACACCAUUGAAGAGAUUAAUUUUGCAAAUGCCCAUGUUUCUGCAUCCAAGUUAAAGAGGAUUUCUGAACAGAAGGAGAUAUUAACAAAAGAGUUAAAUACUUUUAAACAUGUGAAACUAGCUUUGGAGCAUCUUCUUAUAAAGACAGACUACAGACAAACAGGAGACAAUUUACCCAGUAUGUUGCUAAAGAAUCUAACUGAUAAUGAAAGUGAAAACAUUAAUCUUAAGAAGAAGGUACUUGAAAAGGAGAACUAUAUUCAAGAACUUUCUUGCUUGUUUCAGAAUGAAAAGGCAAAUGCUUUGAAAGCAAACCGUUUUUCUCAAUCAGUAAAAUUAGUACAUGAACGACUACAGCUCCAAAUUAAUAAAAAGGAAGCAGAAAAUGAUAAGUUAAAAGAGCACAUAAAGAACUUAGAAAGCAAAAUAGCCACAUGGAACUUGCAAUUGAGAACGAAUAAGCACGAGGCUGCAGCCAUGAAAGAAGCAAGUAAGCAGAAAGCGAUAGCUCUAAAAAAGGCAUCGAAAAUCUACAAACAGAGGCUUGAACAUUUUACAGGAGAUGCUGAACACCUCACUUCCCAAAUUAGGGAUCAGGAAGCCAAGUUGUCUGAAACACUUGCUGCUUCCAAUGCCUGGAAAAGCCAUUAUGAGAAAAUCGUAAUAGAAAAAACUGAGUUGGAAGUUCAUAUUGAAACAAUGAAAAAGCAAAUUGAUAACCUUUUGGAAGAUCUGAAGAAAGUAGAAGCCUGUGGAAAAAAUUCAUGUGAAGAGAUUCUUAGAAAACUUCACUCAAUUGAAUAUGAAAAUGAAACUCUGAAUCUUGAGAAUACAAAACUAAAGACCACACUUACUGCUUUGCAAGACGAAGUUGUUUCUGUUGAAAAUGAACUCUUAGAACUGCAAGAAAUAGAAAAACGGCAGAAAGACCUUAUUGAAAUAUAUAAAGCUCAGGUACAAAAGUUGCAAGAAGCAGCUGAAAUAGUAAAAAGCAAAUAUGAAAAUUUGCUACAUGAAAAUAACCUAAUAACAGAAACCAAAAAUAAAAAAUUAGAGAUGAUGAGAGGCCAGAUGGAGUCUCAUCUGCAGGAGGUAGUGCAAGUCCGAGAUUCCUUGACGGCGGCCGAACAGAGGCUUCAGGAGAGUCAGGAGAGCUUGCAGCGCUGCCAGGCGAAGUGUGCGGAGCAGACGUGCACCAUUAGGGAGCUGCAGGGCCAGGUUGAUGGAAAUCAUAGUCUUCUGACAAAGCUUUCUAUUGAGGAAGAAAAUUAUCUUAUUCAGUUGAAGUGUGAAAACCUUAAACAAAAAUUAGAACAGAUGGAUGCAGAGAAUAAAGAACUUGAGAAGAAGCUGGCAACCCAAGAAGAAUGUCUGAAGCACAGCAAUCUGAAGCUUAAAGAGAAAUCUGCAGAAUAUUCAGCACUGGCCAGGCAACUGGAAGCUGCUUUAGAAGAAGGCAAACAAAAGGUUUCUGAAGAAAUAGAGAAAAUGUCAUCUAGAGAGAGAGCUUUGCAAAUUAAAAUAUUAGACCUGGAAACUGAGCUUAGAAAAAAAAAUGAAGAACAAAACCAACUUGUUUGCAAAAUGAACAAUAAAGCACAACAUCAGGAAGUGUGUUUGAAAGAAAUGCAGCACAGCCUUGAGAAGUCGGAGAAUCAAAAUGAGAGUAUUAAGAAUUAUUUAGAGUUUCUUAAAACAUCUUAUGUUACAAUGUUUGGAUAAAUUGUUGAAUUUUUCUUCUAUAUGCAGUAGGCUUUUAUUAAGUCUAAAAUGUGAUUAGUUAAAAAAAUACUACUGGUUGUUACAUUUCAUGAUUUAUGGAUAGUAGUAUUAGAAUUUUUAUGUAAAGACACUUGAAACAUAAUUUAUUGUGUAACCAAAAGUUUACAUGACAGCUAUUAAUAUUCCUUUUUGCUGAAUAAUCCUCAUUUAGCUCUUGAAAAAUAUAUUGGUUUUUUUAGAAUUGUUUCUCACAUGUACACAGAAGUCAGAAUCAUUCUUUGUGAUACCUAUAGCUACGACUCAAGUGAAUUUUUAAUAACCCAGGCCAAUUAUGAGUCAAAUACAUGAUUUCACAAUAAUAUAUAUAAUUGUCUUAUAUUGUGGUGCUAUGCAAAUAUAAUAAAAAUAUUCUGAAUUUCAAUUUUUAAUAAUGGUACAAUCACAUACUUCCUAAAAAUACCAAAUGUGUCAAUAUAUUUAGUAUUGCUUCACGUAUAUGCUGAGUUGCCUUUAUAAUUUGUUAGAUUUUUAAAUACAAAGUUUAAGUAAUAGCUAUUCAAUGCCAACUGAUGGUGACAAAUGCAUUAGCGUGCAUUGUGUCUAUAUAAAGAACAGACAUUUAGGCUCGCCAUGAAUUUACAGCCUCUUUGUUCAUUAUGUAUAAGGGAUCAUCUGAUACUGUUGUACACAUCAUAAAGCCUCUUGAGUUAACCAACAUAUUAAAGGAGAACAACUUGUCCUAUUCUUCUCCUGAUGAUUCACAUGGGAUAGACAAAAUAAGCACUCUUAAUACCAACAAGCUUUAGGAUAAGAUCUUUAUUAUUGGGAUGAAAUAAAAGAGAAACCAAGAACUUGUUUCCUGUAAUCUCCCAUGCUGUGUGCCAAGGCGGGGUGCUAAAGGGAUGGAUGUGGCUCACCAAGGAUCAAAUGGUAGUGACUCUUCUUGGACAGUGACUUCAGAGCUAUUUUUAUCACCAGAACACUUGGAUCUUAAAAGGUCACUCAGAGAGGCAGAUCAUGUACUACAUGGUCCCAGCCCAAGGACUGAGACAGCUGUCUCUCCAACCGAAGCGUUUUAUCUUCUCUGAUCAAAAAUUAGAGCAGGCUCCCCAUUUGUCCCUUCACUCUGAAGACUGCCAUUUCAUGUCAGAGGAUGACUUCCUGGUGACCCAAAUGCUUGAUAGUAUUUUUUUCUUUAAAAUAGCAAAAUAUAAAAUAUCAGAAGCUAGUCACUUUUUGCAUAACAGUUGCUAGCAAGGUUUAAUAUUGCCUUUUUAAAAACUGUAGUACUUGUGAUACUAAAAAGAUGUCUCAUACUCAGAUGACCCUUUCUUAAUUCUAAAGCAGAGCGAUCCUUAAGAUACACACACAUGAAAGGCUUAUAUAUUUUCUGCUAGACCAUGAUCUGGAAUUCAAAGGCAGAACUGUAUCUUAGUCACAUUUAUCUCAGUGUUACAUAAUCUUUGCUAUAGAGUGGUGCCCCGUUGAUGCUGAUGAAUAGAUAAAUGGAUGGGUGUUGUGAGACAAGUACUCAAAUUCUUUUCAGUAUGAAAAAACUUUUAAGUACAGAGGAAUUAACUAUUAUGGCAGUAUAAAACUUAAGUUUUAAAACUGGCAUUUGAAUUCAAGUCUUCUGAAUCCAGAAUUAUUCUGUGACAAGCGAUGGCUUCAGGGUGUAGCAGUGGCCAUGGCAGCAGCUUUGCAGUUGCUUAUUCAACACUUGUUAAAUGUGAUGCAUGGGUUAACUCACUUUUCAGGAAACUAAGACACUUACCAUGUUCCCUCUGGCUUCUACCCAAGGGUGCAUGUGUGAAUAUCCCAUCAGUGGCUUGUGCCACCUAAUGUGACAGUCCCAUGCCUCCAAUGGGACAGUCAUGCAUGUACCACCAGUGGUUCAGAGCUGCCCAGUAGCAUGACAAAUGUGAAUGUUUAAAGGUAAAAUAAUUUGACCCAGGUUCCAUAUCUAGACUCUCUGUUCUUAACUAUCAUCAUAUUACCUUUGUAUUUCAUUUCAUAAGGUGAUGCUUUCUUUUAACAGUAAUUUAUUUGUCUCAUUUAUUAUUGCUUUUUUAUAGUUCUUAGGUUUUAUUUUUGUUAAUGUAAUUCGUGUCUGUGGCAUUUUAAAAAUUGGUACCUGCAAUGUUGGAGAUAAGUUUCCUACAAAGUCCUUAAGGUUGGUACUGAGUUGACAGUAACAAACAUGACACAGAAGUUCAGCAACUUCUGUGCUUAAUGUCCCUGUGGGAAGCAUUAAGGCUUCAGUACCUGCAGGGCCCCAGAGUGGGUGCCCUGGUCUCCCUGAACACUAGGUGUUUCUGCUCCCAGCUUUCCACUGUCUCGGGAAGCUCGUUUCCCAUAGUUCCAAUAGGUUGCUGCAUUUUCUCUUGGUGCUGGAUAGUCAGAUUGUAAAAGAUGCUGGAUGUCAAGUUGUAAAAGAUUUCUUUCAUUAUCUAUGUUACUUUUGCACCUUCCCAUGUUCCUUUCUUCUUCCUAGUUCUGGUCUCCAUGUGACAUAGCCUUUUUAACAGGCCAUCUGUCACUGUUUCUUGUGAAGUAUUUCUUCACUCUGAUUUUUCUGACCACUUGUGUGGUUUUUAAGGCCAGUCAUUUUCUUGUUGCUGGAAUGUUGAAUUUUUAAUUAAAAACUCAUGAUUUUUUUAAGUUCCUGAAGUCUUUUAGUUCUGUAAUUCCAUUAUAUUUUCAUUAAAAUUCUCUUCUGUCUUUUCCAUUGGUUCUACUUCAGUAAGCAUCUCUUAUUUCUGUUCUGCUGGUCAUCUUUUCUUCCAAGUUCCAUGAAUGCACUUCAGCUUUCUUGCCUGCUCAUAGCUGUGGUUCCCUCAGCACCUGCCAACAGCCUGUUCUGCACAUCUGCUGAGCAGUAGCAAGCUCAGUGGUAAAAGUUAUGAUGACUGUGUUCUCAGGGGCAUAAGAGACCUGUUACACUGCUGAGUUUCUAGUGAGGAGCUGUUUUGUCCUCUGACUUACUCAGUCACAAGCAGCAGUUCUUUCCCUAAUAUCAACACUGAAAGCACUUCAAUGGGCAGCGCCCCUCAAGUGUUCCAGGUAGCAGAUCAGGUGCAACAAACAGCAGUUGAAGUCCUCCUUGGAGAUGAGCUGCAAGUGUGAUCUGCAGUUGUAAAAUGUGCAGCAAUUUAAAGAAGGAGUUUGAUCUGUCUGCUGGCUUGUUAUUCAUGGUUUUUAUUCUUAGAAACACCUCUCUGUGUAUAUAAGCCCACAUAUGUUGAUAUGUGCAUGAAAGAAGGUAUAGACACCUACAUGCCUUCAUGAGAGUGGGGAAAAGAGUAAUAAUUUCUCCUAUGUGUGCUUUUAUUUUAUUUUACUUAUUCUGAUGAAAUUUAACUACUUUUGCAGCAAUUUUUGUUCUAAUCCCAUAAACUUUAAAGGUCAGAAGAAGGGUAUGAUAUGUGUUAGAGAAUGGGAGAGAAGUGGGAUUGGUGAGAAGUUAUAGUCCAAGAAUGAAAUACUGGAAUUUGAUUUUCAGAGGUGCAGGAGCUGGACAAUGAAGGGAAACUUACUCGCAAUGGAAGUGAAGCUCAGUGAAAGCCAGGAUAUAGAGUAAUUAAGAAGCUUUGGAUGGCAAAGCUCUCUAGAAUGUGUUAGGAAAUAGGGUGAAGCAGAAGAAAAAGCAUUUUGUUAAAUGUGAGCGGAUGGAUAGAUGACUUUGAUAAGGAAUGAACUUUGAAAGUUCUAUCCAAUGUUCUGACUAUUCUUAGAAUAAAGCCCAAAGUCCUCACCAUGGCCCUCAAGGCCUGCAUGAUCAUGGCCAGCCCACCACCCCCUUUCUGUGGGACUCCCCAGCACUAUUCCUCCUUACUCGCGAGUACCUUGAGAAGCAAACUGCUUCCUUCCUUCCUGGUCUCCUUUUAGGAUAUUUUUUGUCUCACUCUUGACCUGACUAAAUCCUGCUUGUUCUCCCAUACAUCUUCCUAUGCUUUUCCUUCAUAAUUGGCAAUAACUUUUCUGUGGUUGUUUCUCAUUAUCUCAGAGAUUUUGACCUUCAGAAGGAUGACCAGUUUUGCCUUUUAUCUAAGUGUGUGUUAUAUAGUGGACACAUAGUAUGAAUGAGUGGUGAUACUGCUGUUAGUUUUGAACUUUAAAGCGGGGAGAGAGGAUUUGCCUGAGAAAAGAUUGGAUCUUCCCAUCACUGGAAUCUGGGAGAAGGAUUGAAUUUCUGCCAGUAAGGCUGCAAGCAAGCAUCCUUGAUGAGGGGUGAGGUGUCCUUUCUGGCAGAAGCAGAGAUUCAGUGUACUGGAGACUGGUCUGUAAUCAUAUGUCUGCUUCAGAGGCCACAGUGGAAAAUGUUGAUAGAUUUGGCGGAGGGACUAUUUGGAAGCGGUAAUGGGUAUCUUAACAGCUGCUUGCUUCCAAUAGUUCGAGAAGGUUCCUCGUUAGCUCCCUUCUUCCUUCCCUCUAGCCUCCCUUCUUUCCUUUCCUUCUUUGUCUAAGAAUAAAAAUCCAUGUGCUAUCUUUUUUUUUUUUUGAUAGUACUGAAUUGGGGAAGUUGCCCAAAUUCCAUCUUCAAGUCUAUUGUACCAAAUGCCUAGGAUUAGCAAAUACAUACAAGACAUUUACACUGAAAACCAUAAGAUAGUAAAAAGAAAAAUUUUUAAAAAUCUAAACAAGUGGAAGAAUAUAUAUUCAUGAAUUGUAUAGAUACUAGCCAUUUUUAAAAGUUGAUAGAAAUCUAUAAAUCUCUAUCAAAAGCCAGUUUUUUGUUGUUGUUUUGUUUUUACUAGGCAUUGACCUCUAAAAUUUACAUUCAAAUAAAAAGAACCAAGAAUGAUUAAAACAAUCCUGAAAAAAAAAAGACUACAAGAUGUUGUAACUUAUUAUAAAGCUACAGUGAUUAAGGUAGAGUAGUACUGAUACAAGCAUAAGACAAAUAGAACGAUGGAACAUAAUAAACAGUUCCAAGUCAAUUAGGUAUUCAUGUGAAAAAAAUUCUAAGCUCCAAGUUCCCACUGUACACAAAAUCUAUUCAAGAUGGGUUGCAGAAUGUAGCAAAUAGUAAAACAAAGCUUUUAGAAGAAAACAAAAGACCAUUUUCAAUGGCUUACGGUAGGGAGAGAUUUCUUAAGCAGGGUAUAAAAGGUGCUAACUCUAAAGGAAAAGAUAAAUUGGUUUAUAUUAAAAUUGAUAACUUUUGAUCCUUGCAUAUCACAAGAAAAGUAACCCUCAGGAAGGUAAAAAUAUAUGAAUUUUAGAUACUAUAUCAAAUACAUUUAUAUUCAUAUUGUGUAUAUCAAAAAUUGAUAUAUAAAACUCAUUUAUAUUAAUUAGGACCUAACUUGAGUUUUAACUACCUAAAAUAUUUUAAUAUAAAUGGCUAAUCAAAUAAGUAGAUAGAGAAAUAAAUAUUACCUUCAGGUAUUACCUCCAUUGCUAUCAACUAAAUGUUAAAUAAAACUGCUUCUAAAAUUAUUUAUAAAAUAUUGGUAUAAGAAUAUUAAAGGUUCAUGAUAUCAGAACUGUUCAUAGCAUUCUAAAUCUCUUCCCAUUCUCGAUAUGUACUUAAACUAAAGUUGAGAGAUUAUGACUUAAUCAAAAUUUGCUUGAAUGUGUAAUGACAAGAUUUGGUUAUUAUUAGGUUUCAGUCAUUGCCUAAACAAUAGUUUCUGCCAUCAUUAAUUAUUCUUUUAGCAUUAAUGCCUAAGUUGCAAAUUAUUGUAACAAAUGCCAUGAAUAAUUCUGGGUUUCAAGAAGGCUCAAAUUUUUUGUGGUAUUUUGACAAACCGGCAUUUGUUCUGGAUAAUAAUUAAAUACAGACAAGCAUUGGUUUGUGUGGCUAUUCACUGUAGAAAGCUUUAUACCAUUUUACAUGUUAUGAAAACCUGAGACUGGGAUAAUUUCAUUGCCUCUUCCUCAUCCUUUUUGAUACUGUUGUCAUAACAUUUUAUUUAUUUAGGCUUUAAUAAACCUCAGACACAUUCUUAUUGAGUUCUUAAUUAUUGUUCAAAGUGAUCAUAAAUAAUAAAAAUGUAUAUUUACCUUAGUACCAUUUCCAGCACACUAUUUAGAUCCAUAUUUGUAUUUGGUCUUACACUCCUUUUACCUGAAAAAUUCCCUUCAAUAUUGUAAGCCUCCUAGAAGUAAAUAUUCUAAGCUUUCAUUUUUCUGAAAAACUAUGGUAUUUUUCAAAUACUUUAUCUAGCUAGGAAUUGUGGACUGGGAGGAUUUUUUUCUAUACCUUAACUUACUCUUUUCUUUGGAAUUUCACACAAGGAAUAUGCUUUAAAUACAUUUUUUUCCUCUGUAUGUCCUUCUGUAUAUACAGCUUCUUUUUUUUUUUUCUUCCUUCAUCCUCGGCAACUUUUAGUAUUUUCACUUUAGUUCUGGUUUUUAACAGUUUAGUGGUUAUAUUUAGGCUUUUCCUUUCCUUAUGUUUACAUAGUUUUCUGAGUUUUAGAUUUGUGGCUUUUUGUUGUUUGUUUGUUUGUUUUACUAAUCUCACAAAAAAAUUCAGUCACUGUCUCUUGUAAAGUUACUGCUAUUCUAUUCUUUGUCACUCUUUCUGGAACUCUAAUUCAUUUUUAUGUCUCUCCAUGGUUGUUAAAUCUUCAGUUUUGUUUUUCUCCCUCCCUUUCCCCCUUUACUUCCUCCUUCUCUCUUUGUAUUUCAGUCUGAAUAAUUUCUGUUGACUUACCUUCAGGUUCACUGAUUUUCUCCUCAGCUGUAUCUUUGUUAAUAAAACAAUUGAAAAGCCUACUUAUUUCUGAUACAUGUUUUACUUUUAGCAUUUCUGUUUAACUUUUUUACAGUUUCCAUUAGUUUGGUUAAAUUCCCAUUUGUAUGCAUACUGUAUACAUUUUCACUAGUUCUUUUAACAUAUAUUAAUUUUAGUUGUUUUUAUAUCCCUGUGUGAUGAGUAACAUCUGAGUCAUCUCUGGUUUUAUUGCUUUCUCUGGAUAAUAGGUUAUUUUUAAUUUUACUUUGUUGUACUUUGUUGUUUUAAUUAUGCAUUUUAUGGAUAGACUACUAGAGGACACACAUAUAAUAUCUGAGCCUGGAAUUGGGCGCAUAUCUUUUAUCAGGCUACUGAUAGGGAGCAGUAAGGUUUCAAUGUUUUUACUGUUAUCUGUAGAGCCUACGAAUUGCAAAUCUCUUGUAGAUACUUUUUGCCUACUGUGGGGUUUGAGCAUGUCAGAGCUUUUUUUAGUACUUCUCCAGUUUCAGUUUUCAGGAGCCCUGAAAAUCUGCAUCAUAUAGUGAUUCUCUCUCCACUGUCUUGUCCUUCUGCUAGGAGAGUCAACAGACUGUCUCAGUUUUUCUGGUCCAACCUCAGUCUUCAGCAGUCAUUUUAGCUUGUGCUUCAUAGAUGGAGGUUUCUCAGGGUUCCCUUUCUUCCCUAGGCAUGGUAACCAAAUCCAAACUUGUUUCUGUAUGUGGGCGGAUGGGGAGGCUCUAACGUGGGAGAGCAAUUUUCAGCAUCUCCCCAUGUGAUUUCUAAAUUUUCAUUACCUCCUCAUGUGAUUUCUAAAUUGUAAAACUGUGUAAAAAUAUCCUACUAUGUUUUUGUUACUUUUGUCUUUAAUUCUAUCAGCUGUUCUGUAUCUACUUGGAUUCAGGUUCUUUUGUACAUACAGAGUUAGAAAUAUAAUCCUUUCUUGGAUUAACAGGGAUGGAUUGAUCCUUCCCUUGUCAUUAUCAAAGUUUUUUUAAUCUUUAAUAAUACUUCUUGCUUUAAAAUGUUAUCUGAUAUUAAUAUAGUCAGUUAUCUUUUAUUUAGUGUUGCAUGGCAUUACUUUAUUUUUUUACUUUUUCCCAUGUAUUUACAUUUUAGAUAUAUCUUUUAUAAGCCACAUAUAGCGGCUUUUGAUGAUUGGUUUGAGUUUUCUGUUUCUUUUUCUUUUUUGCUUACAUUUCGUUUGACAAUCCUUAUAUUUUAAUUAGAAUAUUUAGUCUUUAUAUUUAAUGAAAUCUUCAGUGUAGUUGGAUUUAUAUUUAUCUUACUAUUUUUAUUCCAUGUGGCCUGUUUGUAUUCCUUUUCCUCUCUUUUGAUCCCACUUCUGAUUCAGUCAAAUGUUUUGUGUACCAUUUUCCCUUUCAUUAAAAAGGUCAUAGAAUCUCCAAAUGAUAUAUGUCUUUAGAGAAUGUAUACCUUUCACUAGAGCAGGUGGUUUUUUUUUUCUGUUAAUAUAUUGUAUAAGGAGAGACAAAUAACUUUAUCCCAAUAUUAUGGACUGAAUUAUAUCACUCCAAAAUUUGUAUGUGGAAGGCCUAACUUGGAUAUCUCAGAAUGUGAUUGUGUUUGGAGACAGAACAUUUAAAGAGUUUAGUUAAAAGCAGACCAUUAAGCCCAUCCAAAUACACCGUAAUCCAAUCUGAUUGGCUUCCAAUAAGAAGAGGGAAAGAUACUAGGGAAACAGGAAGAGAACAGAAAGAAGACCACAUGAGGGCAAGAAAAAAGACAUCCCAUCUGUAAGACAAGAACGACUUCAGGGUAAACCAAACCUGUGACUAUGGUGAUUGUGGACUUUUGGCCUCCUCAACUGGAAAAAUACUCUUUUGUUUAAACCACCUUGUCUCUGUUACUUUGUUACAACAGCUCUAACAAACUUAUACCUCCAGUUAGCUAAUUUGAAACUGAAUUAUUAUCUUCAUAUCGCAUAGGUCAUCUUUAUCACCAAUAUUCCAAUGUCAUGUUCCUUUUGGGUUUAGAGUUGAAAGCCUGAUGAGUUCUUUCCUCUUUAGCACUGACGGACCACAGGGUCUGUUCUACUCCUCGCAGGUUUUCAGGUUAAGAUUUUAGCUAGUUGCCCCUGACAAUGUGCAGAAUUCAGGAAAUGGCCAUAAUGAGAAAAUAAACUCUGUGUUUGAGACCUUA